GAAGUUCAAGCUCUCCAGUGCAGUUGUUCUCACAGCUCUUGUCCUCCACGCUCUCACGAACAGCAUGGAUUUUACAUCCCACUGCCCUCCAUUUUAUCACCAUGAACGCGUUCUCAGGUGGCAUUUAACCACACACGGAUUCUGAUUCCGCAUUUGAAAUCCUCCUGGAGGGAAAAACGCUCCUCGAUGGCAAACGUGAAAGUGGCAAUACGAGUCCGUCCUCUGAACUCAAGGGAAAUUGUGGAUGGAGGGAGAAUAGCUGUACAGGUGGAGGACAAAGUGGUACGAGUAAGAAAUGUGAGGCUGGAUGGGCGUUUGGAUGGUAGAGCUGAGGCUCCAGGUGACUCCAGAGAGAGGUUUUUGGAGUUUGCCUUUGAUUAUUGUUACUGGUCUGUGAACCCUGAGGCAUCCAACUAUGCAUCGCAGGAAGAGGUGUUCCAGGAUCUGGGGAUGUGUGUGUUGACUGGAGCAAGUGAAGGCUACAAUGUCUGUCUUUUUGCAUAUGGACAAACAGGCUCAGGGAAGACCUACACCAUGAUGGGCAAUCCAGAUUCUUUUGGAUUGACACCAAGGAUCUGCCAAGGGCUGUUUCGAUCCGGAACAGAAUCUCCUGAUGGACAGAACUGCAGGGUUGAAGUUAGUUUCUUAGAGAUCUACAAUGAGCGAGUACGCGAUCUGCUCAGAAGGGCCGACCAGAAAAAGCCGGCCACCCUGCGCGUGAGGGAGCACCCGGAAAAAGGGCCAUAUGUGCAGGGUCUUACUCAGCAUGUGGUGGAAGACUACAGGCAGGCAGCAGAUCUGCUGGAAGAAGGCGUCGCUAACCGCAUCACAGCAGCCACGCAUGUUCACGAUGCUAGCAGCCGAUCACAUGCCAUUUUCAGCAUCCAGUACACACAGGCGAUACUAGAGAAUAACCUUCCAUCUGAAAUAGUGAGCAAGAUCAACUUAGUGGACCUGGCUGGCAGUGAGAGAGCGGACCCCAAUUUCUGCCGAGAUCGGAUUACUGAAGGAGCCAACAUCAACAAGUCUCUUGUAACUCUGGGGAUUGUCAUAUCUGCUCUUGCUCAGAACUCUCAGAUGUGCAGUAGCAGUCAGAGCAUUAACAGCAUGCUGAGUGAGGGGGAGGCCAGCGCAGUGGGCAGUCAGUCCAGCUCCUUGUCUAGCAGCAGCCGCAAACACUGCUUCAUCCCCUACAGAGACUCUGUCCUCACCUGGCUGCUCAAAGACAGCCUGGGAGGAAACUCCAAAACCAUAAUGAUCGCAACAAUCUCGCCUUCUUGCAGCAGCUACAACGAGACUCUCAGCACUCUCCGCUACGCUGCUCACGCCAAGAACAUUGUCAACAAGCCAAGAGUCAAUGAGGAUGCCAGUGUGAGGCUGAUCAGGGAGCUCCGUGAAGAGAUCGAUCGACUGAAAAGCAUGCUGCUGAGCUACUCUAUGCAGAGAAACCCCAGCCCAUCUCUGAGUGAUGAGCGAGACAGCAGCCUUUCAGACAUAGUGCUGCAGAAUGAACUUAAGGUAGAACAGCUUACCAAAGACUGGUCGGAGAGUUGGCAGGAUAAGCGAGCUCUUCUCGAGCAGUACAAUGUAGACAUUAACCAGGACAGAGCAGGAGUUCAGAUAUGUUCUCUCCAACCCCAUCUCAUCUCCCUGGAACCAGAUGUCUUGAGCACAGGAGUCACCAUUUACCACCUCUGGGAAGGAAUCACCAGAAUUGGACCUCAGAAUCGAAAUGAGGAAGAAGCUCAUAUAGUCAAGCCUGAGGGUUCUGUGUGUGAAAUUGAGAAUCAGAAUGGAGUUGUUACCAUCAAACCGCUACCACACACAACUUGCACAGUCAAUGAUCGAGAGGUCACUGAACCCUGCCGACUCGCACAAGGUGCGGUGAUAACGUUAGCAGGACGUCACAAGUUCCGAUUUAACCAUCCGGCAGAGGCCGCACUUCUGAGAGAAAGGAGACGUAUCAUUGAAGCUGGACCACUUUUCAGAUUAUCUGAUCUUAACACUCUCACGCCUAAUGCAAGGGCAGAGGAGGUAGGAGGUCAGAUCGACAGUGGAAGUUUGGCUCCUUGGCAAAAGCUGGAGGAGCAUCAACGCUAUGUUGAAUGUCUGCGUGAAGAGAUACUGGUAGAACAGAGGCGGACUGAGAAAGACUUGGAAAGAGAACAGGCCCAUCUUCGAAGACAACGCUCUGAGAUCCAGCAGUGGAUCUUGCAAGAAAAGCAGCGUCUUGCUGCCAUCAGGGAGAAGGGAACACUCGACACAGGAGUGCAGACUGAUGUCAUUUCUCUGCCUGCACUGGCUGGCAUUAAUGAUAAUGAGAGCAGCAGUGAAACAGCCCGUCCAUCACUAAUUGUGGGAGAUAGGAAACGGGUGGUGCAAGAAGAACUCCUCAAACACCACGCACUCCGAAGAAACGAGAAUCGUAUUCGCCGCAAAAGACUGCGCUACCAACUGGAAAGAAUUGCUCGCAAGCGGCACCUGCUAGAGGCGAAGCAGGAGCUUCAGAGACUAGAGACUACACUUGCUCUCGGGGCUGAUGGAUCUCUGGACCUUGAGUCUUCCUCAAAACGCAGAGGACGCCCAAUGGUCAUGCGAAGACAUUCUUUUUCUGUUGACCUUUUGUCUCGACUUUACCCUCAACAUACACCUAUUUUCAGCCAAUUUCUUAGGAGGAACAGAUUAUCUGAGUCAACAUCAUCUCUCUCUAGGGGUAACUAUCCUGAAAGGUGGGAGUCUGAUGAAUGCCUACAAAGCAAACCUAGAGGACGUUCCAACACAAUGCCCUCAAGGUGUAGCCAAAGGACCUCAACUAGAACAGGCUCCUCUGAGAACAUGAAAAUAUUUAUGAAGGAAAACAUGCCAUCUGAAGAAGUGACCGAAAGAAAAGCUUUUGCAACUCCGCUUCAGUCAUCAGCAUGGAAUCAUAACAUAUGUGAAAAAGUGAUGACAGAUGCAGAUGAUAGAGAUAGUAAGAAGGUUCUUCCAAUAAUAAAGCAAUCAAGAUCACAGAAAAACUCACUUAAGGGAGGAAAGAGUUUGCCCCAUGAAGGAAACAAGGGCUUGGAGACAAUCCGCAAGUCUCUUUCUCGAUCAGUUGGCUUUGGAAUUAAGAUGGCUUUGUCAAAGGUUUUCCGCAAGCCUCCUUUAGGCUCACGGGGUGGCAAAAGUGCUAAGUCUGCUAGUAAAGUGAAAACUCUAUUUGUUGUGGAAGAUAAGAAAGACAAAGCUGUAGAAGACUUGGGGACAAAUCAUCCAAGGUCCCCAAUUAAAUCAACAGUGUCUUGUGAUGGUUUAGAUCAGCUUACUUCAUUAAAUUCAAAGGAGCAGGAACACUGGCAUAGUGCAGAGACCCUGUCUAAAAAGACCAGAAGAUUGAUCAAGACACAGCACGACCUAAUUAACUGGGUAGAGAACAAUGGCGAGGAAGUGACUGAUGACUCUUCAGACUGUGACAGCCUUUUCUCAAUGGACUCCCUUUCAUCAGCUUAUGCCAUUGCAUUGGCGGAGCAGCUUCAGCAAGAGGACUGUGAGCCAAGUGAAGUAGAGAGUGUGGACAAUCAAAUGUCUAAGGACUCACUUGUCAAAGAAAGUAGUGGGAACACGGAUGCAGAGCCAACACUGGAGCCCAUUCACUCCAUUUGUCAUACUUUUCAUUCGUUAUCAAAGCCAGAAUCAAUAGUACAUAGACAAAAUAUAGAUGAAUCCAAAGAAAUGCUUGAAGAGUUUUUUGGGAGUGUACCUUGUCAAAAGGUAGCAAGACAAGCGAUAAAGGAAUCUUCACACCUCCCACAAGUGACAUCUGAUUCCCGGCACUCCAGUGCUGCCACUGUCAUAGAAGCAGAAGCUUUUCUUGUACAAACAGAUGCAUGGUCAUCCAUGGAUGCCGCAGACAGUCCUAGGAUCCUUGGUGCCUCAGAGACCUCGUUGAAACGAUGUUUACUUUCAGAGACCAGUAGCAGCCAAAGCCAGGCUAGUUUAGAUAUGUCUGGUUCAACAACUAAAUCCGAAUGCUGUACAUCAUGCCAUUUUGAUUCUGUACAAAGUAAAAAUGUGACUGUCAAGGAAAAAAGUCACAUGGACCCUGAAACAGGAACAGUCUUGGACUAUUUUUUGAAUGAUAAGGACUCCAUCACUCAGAAGACAAUAAGCAACAACACUUUAUGCUCAAAGAAACCUACACCGCCAGAAAUAUUCCCAUUAAAAUCAAAUGAUAGUACCCUAGGGGUUAAUGCACCUUUCAAAGAGAGUGCUGUUCAGUCCAGCUUGUUGCCACAGAACAACUUUAUAGAAUCAAAACAACAAACACAGUCUGAAGAAAGUUGCAACUUAGAAACACCCUCCAGUAACAGUAAUAUUUUCUUACAAUGUGAUCACCAAACACAUCUACAAGUUCAGCAUUCUCAUAGUACACUUCAACCAGGAGCACCUUUGAAAAGCAAUAAUACACAAUGUUCCAGUAAGGAACUCCAUCAAUCAGUAAUACAUACUCUAAAAAUAGAGAAUGAUUUGCCAUGUGAGCCACAGGAGGUGAUUGAUGAAAAGGCCUUGGUGCAGCAUCGGGUUCAGCGUACAGAAAAAAUAUGCUCAGAGAGCUAUGAUACAGGCAAUAAAAAAGAUGAGCCUUCCGAAAUUAACUUCAAGUCAGAUAUUCAAGUGGCUGAUUCUUAA